CAAGAAUGUAUAGGCAUUACAUGUGGAAAGUGGUUUACACAAUAAACAGUAACUUAUAGGCCUUUACAUAUACGGUGGGAAGUGGCUUUCUCUCCAUGUCUAAAAGUCUCAGUUCAUAAAGGAGAAAUUAAAGACAGAAGAAGAAAAAAUGGAAGAAAUGAUCUGGAAGCUAAGCCAUUUAUUGGUGACAUUAUUUCUAUACACUUUUGCAACCAUGAUGAUCGUUCCUGCCAUUACAGACGUUACCAUGUCCGCUCUCUGUCCCGGCCAAGACGAGUGUUCUCUUGCCAUUUACUUCACGGGGUUUCAACAAGUUGUGACGGGGAUUGGAGCGUUGCUAAUCAUGCCAUUGCUUGGAAACUUGUCGGAUAAGUUGGGAAGAAAGACUCUACUCACCAUUCCUAUGAUUCUCACUGUUGUUCCUCUUGGGAUAUUAGGGUAUGGGAGGUCGAGAACUUUGUUCUACGUUUAUUUUGUGUUGAAGUGUGUGACAAGUAUAGUUUGUGAAGGAAGCGUUCAGUGCUUGGCUGUGGCGUAUGCGGCCGACAAUGUGCCGGAACACCGGCGAGCUUCUGCAUUCGGACUGUUAUCCGCCGUUGGAUCUUCUGCUUUUGUCUGCGGGACUCUCUGUGCUCGUUUUCUCUCCAUUCCAUCCACCUUUCAGGUAGCGGCUCUCACGGCGGCUGUGGCGGCUGUAUAUAUGAGGAUUUUCCUUACUGAUUCUGUUGCUGAAUGUAAUCUUUCUGCUCCCUUACUGUCUGGUGAGAAUGUAGAAUCUGUUUCUUCGGAUCCAGUUUCGCUCAAAAAAGAACAAAUUAUUACGACCUUGCCUUCGGUGAAGGACCUUUUUGCACUGUUGAAGACUAGCUUGACAUUUUCACUGGCGGCGAUUGUUGCAUUCUUUGGCAAUCUUGCUGAUGUCGGCCUUUAUGCUUCUCUACUGUACUAUUUAAAAGCCAGAUUUCACUUUGACAAGGAUAGGUUUGCUGAUUUGAUGGUGAUCUCUGGGGCUGCUUCAACUAUUUCACAGCUACUUUUAUUGCCCAUCUUGAUCCCUGCUCUAGGAGAGAAUAGGCUGCUCUCAGUUGGGCUCUUUUUCAACUGCAUUCAUAUGCUUCUUUACAGCUUUGCUUGGGCUGACUGGGUUGCCUAUGUCGCUGCAAUGUUUUCCAUUUUGUUUAUUUUCUGGCGACCUUGCCUACAGAGCAUAGUAUCAAAGCAAGUUGGUGCAAGCGAGCAGGGUAAGGCUCAAGGAUGCAUUUCAGGCAUAUCUUCAUUUGCCAAUGUUGUUUCUCCGUUGGUAUUCUCCCCUUUAACGGCUUUGUUUCUCUCUCAAAACGCUCCAUUUUAUUUCCCUGGAUUUAGCAUCAUGUGCGCUGGAUCUACUGCAAUGAUAGCAUUUGUUCAGAGUAUGAUGAUAAGGGAUCCUUCCAAAGCCAACAGUAGUAGCCAUGUGGAAGCCUAGUUCUUGUUUUGUUCUUUUCCUGCUCAUAUCUUUUGUUGUUAAAUAGUGUAUUAUUUUUCUUUUUUCUUUUUGAAAGGAUAAAAAUAGUUUUUCCCUAGAAUUUGUUAAUAUCAAUUUACAAGUAAUGUUGAAAGGAAAACUAACUUCUGAUGGGGAAUUCCAUCAGACUGACAUAAAUUUGAAUCUAAUUAAAUGUGUUAUUAACUUUUCAUUGUUUAAA